CGGAAGUGGUGAGCCGGGAGAUGAAGAUGGCUAGAGCAAGGAGUGCGGCCGGGGAGAGGACUGAGAACCGGGAGGCGGAGGAGGAGAGGAUCAUCCGGGGCAAAGCCCAAUCAGAAGGCGGCUCGGCGCGCACCUCCCUCCUCAUAUUGGUGUCUAUAUUUUCAUCUGCAGCCUUUGUCAUGUUCCUGGUGUACAAGAACUUCCCCCAACUCAGCGAGGAAGAGUGUGCGCAGAUAAAGAUUCCCCGGGAUAUGGAUGACGCCAAGGCUCUGGGGAGAGUGCUGUCCAAAUACAAGGACACGUUCUAUGUGGAGGUCCUGGUGGCGUAUUUUGCCACAUAUGUCUUGUAUCCUUUGCAACUAUAACCCGUGGUUCACAU